AUGCCGCACGCGAACCAGCCGCAUUCCGACCUCGACUAUGUCAGUGUUCGGCUCCGGUUGGUGGGGACCCGGGUCGUGGAACCGGAGAAGACGCCCCAGAGUUUUGAAGGCUCUCGGGACGACGAACAAGCGCUGUUACACAAGCGGCCAGUGUAUGAGGUCCCACAUUUCUGCAAGGUCCAUGAAAUUACAACCGAGAAAUCAUUAAUGUCUUUUAUUGGUUACAUGAUUCUCCUAUGGACCACAUGGCUCAUCACAACCAUCUACGAUGUUCGCUUUACCGCCGACAGUGUCCUUGAGCGAUGUUGUAAGGCAAUCCAUUUGGGAGUCAUGGUUGGGUUUGCCGAAAUUGGCACAGCUUUCCAACCCGAGGCCCAGAUCAAGUCUGUUUUUCAGGCAAUGUCAUUAUUUCUCAUGUUCUCUCGACUCGCCUUGGCUCUACAGUAUGGACUGGUGGCAUGGCAGAUUCGGAAAUACGUCGUGGGUCGUCGACCAAUGCUCCUCACAGCCGUCAUCCACUUCAUCGCUGCCAUGGUCUACCUGGGUGUUUCUUUUAGAUACUCAGCAGGGAAGAGCAGCCGUGUCUACACGGUAUGGUACGCAGUGGGGCUCACAGAAAUGGCUUUACAUCUGGGAUUUUCUCAGUUGAGCGAAGUCCUGACUUUUAUUGGUACACAUUUGGGAGAGCGACUCAAUCUUCUUAGCUUAAUCGUGCUUGGAGAAGGUGCAAUUAUUCUUGCGAAAAACGUCACACUCGUAGUCAAAGACACGUAUCUUAAGGAUACUAACCUGACAAUCUGGAGCCCAUCUCUCAUCGGCAUUGUGACUGCAUCAGCGGCGUUGAUAUAUAUCAUAUUCCAGCUAUAUUUUGACUGGAUGCAUGAAGAACAUUCGAUGUCGGUACGUCAUCAGGUCUGGUGGGCAGCUCUGCAUCUGCCCUUCCAUAUCUCACUUGUUCUCUUGCUCGAGGGGGCAAAUCAAUUUGUGAUAUGGGCGCGUGUCUUGGAGCAGGUUGAUGCCGCUAUCAAAAAACUGGUCUCGGUAACAGACAAGUUACCAGAUAACCCGGCACCUCCAGAAGUCUCCGAGGCACUAGGCGAUGUCGUGAAGCCUUUCAUCACAAAGUAUCAACCUGCAGACGUCCUCGAAACCUGGCAAGGCUUGAACGAAACCCUUUCCAAUAUUUCUGAACUUCCAAACUACUUGUGGUCAUCGAACUCCACAUACACAGAUGAUGAUCCCAACUACAUUCACUUCACAAACGACUUACUCGAGCUACUCUAUACUAUGGUCAACUCAAUUUACAACGCCUUCGGUAUUGAGGCCGAAUCGCAAGCUGAAGCUGCAGAACAUGGGGAACAUGCAGCCUACGUGCAAGCUCAGGCAACGCAAGCAAUUGGUCAAAGAUUUCAGCUUGUGUUUAUCUACGCCUUUGCAUGUGCAGGCAUUGUGCUACUCUUUUUGAUCGUCAUGCACAGCAUCUCCAAACGGAAAGGGUGGACGCCGUUCAACAUUGUGCGAACCGCGGUUUGUCUUGCUCUGGCUUUGGGCUUGUCCUUAACACCAACAAUUUCUCUCAAUGAGGCCUAUGUGGGAACUUUCAUGGACAGCCCCUGGAUGCUGCCAACAAUAACACUCUGCUACUUUGUUGUUCUUAUCCUGUCACAUGUGCCGCAUCCUCCUACGUUCGGCUUGGGGAAAUUCAAGAGGGGGACAUACAGUGAGGUCGAGAAGGCCAAGGGCCUUAGAGAAAGCCACCAGCUUACUCCCAUACCGCACGACCUACAUGAACGAAGACAAAGUCAGCUCGAUACAGAUUUUGAGAACAUACAAACAGGAUAUGCACCAGGGGGUGUCCACGGACAGGAAGCUCUGAUACACGACGAAUUUAACAGAAGGGGCAGCAGUUACGACAACAGAGCGAGUUACGUGUCAGCUGGAUCGGUGAGUGUUGGAGAUGGCUUUGACGAUGUGGUCGACUAUGAGCAGAUGCACGAUGGCCAUCGUUCAAAUAGCCCGAAUGAGUGGAGCAGAAGACACUAG